ACGACUUAUAAAAAUUCAAUAAUAUCAUGAUAAAUGGAUAAAUCGAUCUGACUUGGUGGAAGAUAGAGAAGUAUGGCUUGACAGAUAGUACUCACUAAUCAGCCCGUUCAAAGAUACAGAAUGAAGAAGGAAGGAAGGAAAGAACAAUUAUAAUGAAGAAAAGCGAAGCGAACAUUUAUUUCCUACAUCAUCGAUCAUUUGCUUCCAAGCGAAGUAUAUUCUGUAUAUGUCCUUUCCUAAACAGUGCUAAUAUAAUCAUGUUCGAAGAGAAGAAAAAGUUACCAAAAAAGCGUCCCUAUACUGAUAAACCGAACGAAGCUCACAAAGCACCACCACUGUAAAAAUAUUCGAUUACAAUCAUUUGGCUCUGGAAGUGCAGGGAGAAGGGACGUAGGAGCCAUUGGACUGGCGGAAAUUGAGCUUACAGUUCAAAUGGCACCAGAACCGAAUCGAGCCCAACAGCCCCACGCGCCACCGAGCCCGCGCGUUCCCUUGCAAGUCGAACCGUACCUGGUCCUGCUUCAGCAUGACGUCCACGUCCAUCGACUGGGCCGGGCUGAGCGGGAUGGGCCUGGACACGACGACGAAGUUGAAGUCCACGGUGCUGUUCUUCCUGACGUCGUAGUCCCCGGCCUGGAGGGACGCGAUGUGCAUCCCUUCGAAGAUGAGCCUGAGCUGGAGGUCCGAGAACGACGAGUGGGCUUUCAGGUUGUCGUUCUCGGACCUCACGACUACGCUGACCUGGGUGACCAGGGUGCCAGCGUAGUCGUACUGGAAGAGGUCGAGGUGGGCGUCGAUGACGCUGAGGAUGGGGACGCGCGGGUGGAUGACGAGGUAGCCGAUGAAGACGGCGAUCCCGCCGAAGAUGAUGGCGACGGUGAGGAUCAUGCACAGCAGGGCCGCGCACCACCACAACGGGUGGGUCCGGCGCUGGGCGGUUAGCUUCUUGGGCAUUGGGGAUGGCGGUGGUUGAACUUGAAUGAUAUUGCUGGCAACAUUCGAGGAAGAAGAAGUGGUUUAAGGAAGGAGAAGUGGGGAUGGUGUUUGUGGGUUCUUAGUGGUGAAUGGUGGGGAAGGUUUAGGUAUCUUCUUUUCCUAGUCCUAAAGCAUUUUGGUUUUGGUGUGUGGGUG